GACGGGAUAGCCGCUUUCUUUCAUUGGUUCUUCUCUUCGUAGAAAGCUCCAAAACUGUGAAUAAAAUAUAUAGACUUUCAAACCUUUACUAACAAACCAAUUCUCUAGAAUUCUGAAGUCUAAACACCAAUGGAAGAAAGAGAAGCAAAGAAGGAGAAAAUGGAAGGCAACAAAACCAGCCAUCCUCUACUUAGAGGGGGUAGGAUUCUGUAUAGCUCUAGUCAUGGCUUCUCCCCAGCUCAAAUCCAAACUCUGGCUUCCAUCUGUGAAGUUCUCAUCCCUCCCCUGCCACUGCCUGAGGGGAAGAAACCCAUGGACCAUCCCCUUCAAUACUUCUACAAAGCUUCUGGGUCUCACCCUCCCAUCCCUGAUGAGACAGCAGAGAUGUUGGUGAAGAGGAGUCUACCCCCAGCUGUAUCACUGGUCAGCUUAGUUCUAAAAAUUCUUUCCUUCAGAUUGGGAACCCUGUUGCUCUGUGGCAGGCUUUGUCUUUCAAGGGAAUGGCCACUUAUCCACAAGUUUUCAGAGCUUUCUGUGGAGAGGAGAGAAGAAAUCCUCAUGCAAUGGUCAAGGGGGAGGUUUCUGAUACUUCUAAGGGUAGUCUUUGUGCUAAUCAAAACCUUCUGCCUGUUCACAUUCUUCUCCCGGACUGAUGAAAACUCAGAAAAUCCAACGUGGAAAGCUAUAGGGUACCAUGUAGACAACAGGGAGAAGAAGACAUAUCCCCAAGGCAGACCGCUUGAGAAGGGUAUCAUAGAAGCAAUACAUGAAAAUGACUCAUCUUUUGUCCAAUCACUUACUCAAAAAGGCCUUCAAGUCAUUGAUGAUCCAGAACACAACAUCUACAAGAUCAGGUGUGAUGUAGUGGUGAUUGGUUCUGGUUGUGGAGGAGGGGUGGCUGCCGGAAUUCUUGCAAGCUCCGGCCAGAAAGUUGUUGUUCUUGAGAAAGGGAACUAUUUUGUUCCAGAAGACUAUUCUUCCCUAGAAGGGCCUUCUAUGUUUGAGCUAUAUGAGGGUGGUGGAUUUUUGUCCACUGUGGACGGGAGAGUUUCACUUUGGGCGGGGUCUACAGUGGGCGGAGGCUCUGCUGUUAACUGGUCUGCAUCCAUCAGAACACCGGAGGAUGUUCUGAGAGAGUGGUCUGUGGAUCAUAGGAUCCCAUUUUUUGGCAACCAUGAGUAUCAUUCUGCCAUGGAUGCUGUAUGUAAGAGGCUUGGUGUCACGGAUAAGUGUUCAGAGGAAGGAUUUCAAAACCAAAUCUUGAGAAUAGGGUGUGAGAAUCUUGGCCUGAAAGUCGAGCAAGCGCCGAGGAAUUCAUCGGAGAAUCAUUUCUGCGGUUCUUGCAAUUUCGGAUGCAGAACAGGAGACAAGAAGGGAACUGAUUCUACCUGGUUGGUCGAUGCUGUGGCCCGUGGUGCCGUGAUCCUAACGGGAACUAAAGCUGAGAGGUUCAUAUUGGUAGAUAAUGACAAUGGAAGGAGAAAGAAGAAAUGUUUGGGAGUGAUAGCAACAGCAUUGAACAAGAAUCUGACGAAGAAGCUGCAGAUUGAGGCUAAGGUUACAGUUUCAGCUUGUGGAUCUCUAUUGACACCACCUUUAAUGAUCUCAAGCGGAUUGCAGAAUCCAAACAUCGGCCGGAAUCUCCAUCACCAACCGUUUCUUCUAGCUUGGGGAUACUUUCCAGAAGAUGCAUCGGGAAUCAAAGGCAAAAUCUUCGAGGGAGGAAUUAUCACUUCACUUUACAAGGUUGUUUCAGGAGAUUCCAAAAUGGUUGCGCUUAUAGAGGCUGCUGCGCUUGGACCAGCCACUUAUGCAGCACUAUCUCCUUGGAUUUCAGGAGCUGACCUGAAGGAAAGGAUGUUGAAGCUUCCCAGAACCGCUCACCUUUUUGUAUUGGUGAAAGACCAGGGUACGGGGGAAGUGAUGGAAGAGGGAAAGAUCAAGUAUCGAUUGAGUGAGAUCGACGAAGAAAAUCUGAGAACCGGGUUGAGGCAGACAUUGAGAAUUCUAAUUGCAGCUGGAGCAGAAGAAGUGGGAACCUAUAGAAGUGACGGUCAAAGAAUCAAAUGCAGAGGACUUACCAAGGAAAGCUUGGAGGAGUUCCUGGAUGAUGUAUCCUCUACAGGAGGGAUGCAGUCCAAGAAUGAGACCUGGAAUGUAUGUUACGCGGGACAUCAUUUGGGAAGCUGUAGAAUGGGAGCUACAGAGGAGGAAGGAGCGGUUGAUGAGAACGGUGAGAGUUGGGAAGCAGAAGGCCUGUUCGUAAGUGAUGGAAGUGUGCUGCCCACUGCAAUUGGAGUGAAUCCCAUGAUCACCAUUCAGUCCACCUCCUAUUGCAUUUCCAGUAGGAUUGCCAAGAAAUUUAAAAGGGAAACUGCGCCGUAAGUAAAGUACCAACUAGUUGAACAACUGUUUUGUGUUGUAAAUAAAAAAAACAGAAUAAAGCCAAGUCACUAAAUUCCAUGGGUAUUUUCAGUUGCAAGAUUCAACAGAUCUGUUGAUUCAUGAAUACUGUAAAAAGGUAAUGAAGACCAAAAACAGGUCCACGUACGAAUUUUCUUAACUGGAUGCAGCUUUAACUGCUUUUUCUGCAGCAUCAUCCAGAUCCUCGGCUGUUAUUAGCGA